AUGCGACCUGCUAAACGUGUUCGACUUGAAGGCGCACAUACUCUCUCGACCCCCGUCCGCUUCCUCAUACUAUCAGACACGCAUGGGGCUGAACUACCGGGAAACCUCCCGCCAUGCGAUGUACUCCUGCACUGUGGCGACUUGACAGAAGAUGGCACACCGGACAGUAUUUCCGCGGCACUCCAGACGCUGGGCAAAGUCGAAGCCAAGCUGAAGCUUGUCAUCGCUGGCAACCACGACAUCUCUCUUGACAAACCAUACUGGCUCUCCCAGGGCGGAACUGAAGCCGAUGCAGAACGAGCAGAGGCGCUUGUGAGCUCAGAGGCAAGUUCCGAAGCAAGCAUAAAUGGCAUCACCUUCUUAAGAGAAGGCACACAUACCUUUAGGCUAGCAGGCGGCGCGACAUUCAAAAUAUACGCCUCACCAUACACGCCCCUCUACGGCGCAUCAGCAUUCCAGUACCCAUCAAACGAAGACCGUUUCAAUUCCACAGGCACUCCGCCGUGGGCGAAGAACGUCGCUACCUCGACCUCGACCAUCCCCAACGACGUCGACAUCGUCAUGACCCACGGCCCCCCAAAAUACAUCCUAGACACGACCUCUGACGACGAAAGCGCAGGCUGCGAGCACCUGCGCCGCGCCAUCGCAAGGGCGCAACCACGAAUGCAUUGCUUCGGCCACAUCCACACGCCGCGUCGCUGGUUCUACCAAGCACACGUGCUGGACUUCAGAGGGGAAGCGGAGCGAGAUGGCGCCCGCGAUGUCGACACUGAUAAGAUAACCAAAGUCUGGGUAGGAACGAACUCAGCGCAUAGGAAGGGAUACAAAAGCCUGCCACCAGGCCCCGCUCAUAAGUUCCGAGAGAACAAACAGCAGACGCUCUGCGUGAACGCGGCGAUGGAAGGAACUGAGCCCGGCGUUCUCGAACACCCACCCUGGCUCGUUGAGUUAGAUUUGCCCGUCGUGCAGAAAGACAUGGGAAUGGGAGAUGCCGUCGGUGAAGAAGUGCAUCUCACGUAA